AUGAAUGAAAUUUCAGUUACACACGCCGAAGAAGAAAAUGAAGUAGACGCAUCCGGAGAGUCUCCACCUGGAACUUCUGGAGAUUCCGCACCAGGAUCAGCGCCAGGUGGUGCCACGAUAGAAGAAACCAAGAGCACAACAGAUGACGCGAAUGUUGACAAAUCCUGCAAAGACCGUCAUGAUCUCUGCAAAUUCUGGUCAUCCAUCGGCGAAUGCAACACAAAUAAAAAUUGGAUGGAGGACCAUUGCCCAGUAUCUUGUGACGUCUGUAAUGGAGUCACUACUUGUAUCGAUAGACAUCGUCUCUGCGGAUUCUGGGCGACGAUUCGAGAGUGUGAAACCAAUGCGGUUUGGAUGUUGUCGAACUGUCCAAAGGCUUGUAAAGCCUGCAAAGGAAGGUCGGUGACUCUCGGAGGAACUGGGCCAGGUGGAACUUUCAAGGAGGAUGAUUGCACUUUUAUCACGACUAAUGAAGAUACUUCGAUUAGAAAGACUCUGUCAAUCCGUGAUGUCCGUGACUCGAAUGCCAACUUCAACUGUGCUCCAACUCAAGAAACACCAAAUUGCAACAGAAAUCUUUGCUAUCAUUUGAGAUACCGUUCAUUCGAUGGAACCUGCAAUAACCUUGAACGCCCAAUGAUUGGAUCUGCAUUCACCGCUUUGAUGAGACUAAAGAAACCACUUUAUGACAAUGGGCUGAACGCACCAACUUCAUCAUUCCUUCGAAGCAGACCAUCCGCUCGUGAUGCUUCUCGACUUCUUCUCUCUUCGUCGACUCAGAUUCAACAUCACUCGAACGCUCUUCUCAUGCAAUGGGGACAGUUUAUCGCGCACGAUCUGUCGAAAACCACAAUGUUGAAUAAUCAAGAAUGCGCCGCCUGUACAUCUAACAAGGGAAGAUGUACCUCUGUAUUCCUAUCAAGAUCUGAUCCAACAUUCGGACGUUUCAUGUGUCUCCCAGUGGCUAGAUCUACUCCAGUUUGUGGUACCGGCGUCACCAACUUCCGAGAGCAAUUCAAUGAGAACACUGCGUUCAUUGAUGGAUCUAUGAUUUACGGAAGCAGUGAUCGUGAUCAAUUCUUGUUCCGUCAAGGAGCCUUCUUGAAGACCAAACUUAUUAAUAAUCGAGUGUUCCCACCAGUUGAUAAGAACAAUAAUGUGGUUGCUGGAGAUGAUCGUGCCAACAUUUUCGUAGGACUCGCUUCUCUUCAUGUUCUUUACCUCAGACAACAUAACAGAAUCGCUGCAACAUUGCAACGCGUGAACCCUCACUGGGAUCAAGAACGAGUAUUCCACGAGUCGAGAAAGAUUGUGGGAGCAAUGAUCCAAAGAAUCACUUUCACUGAAUACCUUCCCAAAGUUCUCGGAGUUGCUUUCGAGGAAAGAAUCGGAGCUUAUCCAGGAUACGACCCGAAUACCGAUCCAUCUGUUGCCAAUGAGUUCACAUCGUGUGCAUUCCGUUUCGGUCAUGGAAUGAUCCAAGAGUUCUAUCCAUUCCUCAACGAGAAAUUCCAACAUGUCGGAGGAAUUCCGUUCAACGAUGGAAUGUUCAAAUCAACACACAUUUUGACUAAUGGAAUUGACCCAUUGAUUCGUGGAUUGAUGACUCUUCCAGCCAAAAUGCCACAGAGAUUGACGCCUGCUGUUACUGAGAGAAUAUUCGGAAACUCUGAUUUAGGAUCAAUCAAUAUUCAGAGAGGAAGAGAUCACGGAGUGCCACCGUACACCGUUUGGCGCAAAUUCUGUGGACUUCCAGAAGUGAAGGACUUUGAGGAUUUGAGAGCAGUUAUCAGUAACCAGAUUGUGGUGGACAACUUGAAGGUUGUGUAUAAACAUGUUGACGCUAUUGAUAUGUACGUCGGUUCCUUGCUAGAAGACCCAGUGAAGGACGCGCUUGUCGGACCAACCUUGGCCUGUAUCAUCGGAGAACAAUUCAAGAGAACCAGAAAUGGAGACAGAUUAUGGUACGAGAACUCGAAAGUGUUCAGCGGCGAUCAACUCCUCCAAAUCAAGAAAAUCACAAUGUCUCGAGUACUUUGUGAUGCUGGAGAACACUUCCCAAUGGUGCCGAGAAAGGCGUUCUCGGUAUUCAAGCCAACCGCUUCCAAUCUUGUCAAAUGCGAAGAAAUCCCAGACAUUGACUACAAUGCUUGGAAAGAAGAGCUCACUGUCUAA